CACAAAAGGGAUUUUUCACACAGAGGAGGUUGCACUGACAAUGUGGACGUCUGCUGUGCUGUUGGUGUUGCUGGCAGUGACCUCACACACUGUGGCGAAGCCCAGAAAUCGUUUCACUCGUUAUCCAUCAUGGAACAAUAAGAUGUACCCGAUCUGGAAGGAUGGAGACGCCCGAUACAAAGACUCCUGGAAAGGUGGAAGAGUGACUUUUAAUGUGGGGAACGAUUCACCGACACUGACCGCAGCCAAAGUUACUUUCACCAUCGACUUGGAGUUCCCACACAACCAGAAGGUGCAGCCUGAUGGAGACGUUGUCUGGGCUGAAGACUGCAUCGUCAAUGGAACGAAAUACCGUGAGUCUGAGCCAGUCUACCCAGCUCAGAGCCCAGACUGGGAGGUUGUUUUCCCUGAUGGGAGCCCAGUUAAGAAGGACAAGAAGCCAGCCUACGUGUUUGUGUGGAAGACCUGGGGUCAGUACUGGCAGGUGGCCGACGGCCCCUCGUCCUCCCUGACCAUCGACACAGACGACAUCCCACUGGGCUCUUACACCAUGGACAUCGUUAUCUACCACUACCGCAGCAAGGAGAAGUUCAUUCCUCUGGGAUACGCCUCCACUCAGUUCUCCAUCACUGAUCAAAUCCCCUUCGCCGUCUCUCUCGACCAGGUGAACGACAUCGUGGCCGGGGACAUGCGCUUCAUCCAGAACAGAGCGAUUGCCUUCACCAUCACCCUCCACGACCCCAGCGAGUACCUCAGCAACGCAGACAUCACCUUCAACUGGGACUUUGGGGAUGAGAGUGGAGCCCUGAUAUCCAGAGAGCUGACCGUCACUCACACCUACAUCAACUCCGGCUCAUUCAAGCCUCAGGUGGUGAUCCAGGCCGUCAUCCCAGAUAAGGCCUGUGACCCGCCGGUUGACCCCCCAACCAAGGCCCCUGGUCCGCCCACUCAUCAGGGCACCACAGUGAAAGCUCCCGCACUGGCAUCUGCUGUCCCCAUACUGGUUACCACCAAAGCAACUGGUCUGACUGUCAACAUGGUUCCUUCGGACACGGAGGAGGACAACACUGAGGACGAGGCCUCCACUGCCUCCAACGCUCUGCCUGCACAGGAGGCAACCACAGUGGCCAAGACUCCCUCCCCCAUCAACCCUGACAUGCCAGCUGACAGUGCACAGCAAACAGUGACACUGACAGGCAAAGCUAAAGUGGUGGUCGUUGCUAAGAGGGACGCUGACGAUAAACCCUCUGACGAUGACUGUGUGAUUUAUCGUUAUGGUUCCUUCUGCACCGGCAUCGAAGUGUUUGAGGGCAUCGAAAAAGUAGAAAUAGUGCAGAUGGACAACGCAGUGAUGACAUCACCUGACAUGGACAGAAAUGUUUUGGAUAUCACGGUCACCUGCCAGGGGAGCCUUCCCAAAGAGGUGUGCAGCGUCAUUCUGGAUGCUGAGUGCUUGAGGCCGAUUCACACGGUGUGCAACAUGGUGGAGCCCUCCAGAGAGUGCCAGCUGGUGCUGCGUCACUUCUUCAACGACUCUGGUGUCUACUGCAUCAACGUGUCCAUGGCCAACGACGUCAGUUUAGCUGCCACCAGUGCCAAAGUCAACGUCGACAUAGAUUCAGGUCUGUCCUCUCCUGGCACUAUCGCCAUGGUGAUGGGGGUCCUGGUACUCGUUCUAGCAGUAGGAGUAGUGGCAUAUUCCUACAAGCGCUUUAAGUCCUACCGCCCUCUGAAGGAAGACCUGAUUGUGUCUGCAGACCUGCGGGCCGGCCGGGCUCACACCUGCUCUGGAGCCUCGAUGUUCUGGAAGCUUCUGAACAGACGGGGAGCCAUGGACGACUGCCCUCUGCUGCAGGACCGGCCGGUGUGAACCAGCCUCAACCCACCAAAUACAAAACCAAGAAACACAUGAUUUGCAAGUUUUCUGCACCUGAGAUGUCUUUUUAUACUUUUUUUUUUUUUUUUUUUUUACAUAUUUUCUAAAUGACAAACUCACAAGUGUGUAAUAUUUAGGCUUUCAAUCAAAAAUAAAAUUCCAGAAUAAUACCUUAGACAUGCUCUGAUCUUUUGUACCUAAAUGUUUGGUAGUUAAAGUGUGUACUUUAAUUUGGACAAAACGGAAUUUGAAUGUUUUUCCAAUAAACUUUGCUCAAAA